AUGGGCUCGCCGUUAGCCUACGGCAUACAAAGAUCUAAGCUCAUUGGGAAUCAAAAUAUUUAUUACCACACACCGGGGAAGAAGGAAGUUCCCUUCCAUUAUCUCGAAUCUAAUGAAGUGGUUGUCAAGACGUGUGACAUAAUUGUGCUAGCCGUGAAACCAGACGUUGCUGCAAAAGUACUGCUGGAAAUUAGGCAAUACGCAUCCAAUAAAUUGCUCAUUUCCAUUUGUGGGGGACUGAACUUAAAAACCCUGGAAGAGAUGGUGGGAGUACCCACCAAAAUCGUGAGAAUCAUGCCAAACACGCCAUCCCUGGUUGGACAAGGCUGCCUUGUUUUUUGUGGAAAUAUUCAUGUAGACGCAAGAGAUACACAGAAGGUAAUCGAUAUUUUCAGCGCAUGUGGAGUUAUACAAGAAAUAAAAGAAGCAAACAUGGACAUAGCAACGGCCAUCUCUGGUUGUGGGCCAGCUUAUAUUUUUUUAUUUAUUGAAAGUUUAAUUGAUGCCGGGGUUAAGAAUGGGCUAAAUAGGGAUGUGGCAAAAAACCUGGUUCUGCAAACAAUCCUUGGAUCUAUUCACUUGGUUAAGGCUUCGAGCCAGCCCAUUCAGCAGCUGAAGGACGACGUGUGUACCCCCCAUGGGAUUUCCAUCGCGGGCUUGUGCACCUUGGAGAAACACGCAUUCAAAUAUGCAGUCAUGGAUGCAGUGGAGAGUGCCUACAAAAAAUCCAAGUCAAUGCACUGA